AAAAUUGAUGUAGGCUUAGGUCGUUGCCAUUAAGGUUUAGGGUACCUUUGGUUUUUGUGUUGGUUGCUGAAGUUCUCCAACAGCCUAUUUUCUUCUCGCGAGAAUAGCCUUGAAAACUCCGGCGAUGUUGAGCGGGUGAUUUCGCGGGAAUUGCGUCUUUGGCUCUCUCACAAGGAACAAAAUAUAAAGAGAAAGAGAACGAGCGUAAAAUAUAACUUAAAUCCCAAUUUAAGACUGGCAACAGCUGAAGCUUGACUUUCGUCCUUCAAGGGACAGUCAUGUUUUCCGACCUCAGCGCCCAGAAGGAGGGCUCCUCUCUGCUCUGCCGCCCUGCCUCCGAUGACCAGGGGCCGGUGUUUGAGAGGACGUCGCUGGCUUACAGUCCCUGCUCCGAGCGCUACAGAAUUGGGGAUAGAAGUUUCAGUCGGCAGUAUGCUCAUAUUUACGCAGCACGACUCAUGCAGAUGAGGCCCCUGCUGUCAGAGAGAGCCCAGCAGAAGUGGGGAUCAGAUGUGCUUAUCAGGAAGUUGUGUGAUCUUCAGACAGGAGAGCAGUGUUGCAUUGUGGGCACCUUGUUCAAGCGUAUGGACUUGCAGCCAUCUAUUCUGAAAGAGAUCAGCGAGGAGCACAACCUGCUGCCCCAGCCUGCACGAGCCAAAUACAUCAGUGAAACGGAUGAGCUGAUUCUGGAGGAUGAGCUCCAGAGGAUUAAACUACAGGGCAAAAUCGACAGAGACAAGUGUGUGACAGGAAGCAUUGUUGCAAUAUAUGGAGCUGAGAGGAACGAUGGGAAGUUCACAGUUGAGGACUUUUGCACAGCUGAUCUCCCUUUGCAGACAGCAAGACCUGCGCUCAGCUCAGACAGGUUUGUGCUUCUGGCCUCAGGACUUGGUCUUGGCAGUACUCAUGCCGACAGCAUGCUGGGGCUGCAGUUGCUGGUUGACAUGGUAACCGGUCAGCUUGGUGACCAGGGGGAGCAGAGCGGUGCAGCGACAAUUUCCAGGGUCCUACUGGCUGGAAACCUCCUGAGCCAAAGUACCCAAGACAAGGAUGCAUCAACGAAGGCUAAAUAUCUCACCAAGAAGACUCAGGCUGGUAGCGUGGAGGCCAUUCGUCUGUUGGAUGAGCUGCUGCUUCAGCUGGUGGCCUCUGUUCCCGUGGAUGUAAUGCCGGGCCAAUAUGACCCCACCAACUACACUCUCCCGCAGCAGCCUCUCCAUCGCUGCAUGUUCCCCCUGUCCUCAGUGUACCCCACUCUACAGCUGGCAUCCAAUCCAUACCAGGCUAACUUCGACGGAGUAAGGUUCCUGGGCACAUCAGGCCAGAAUGUGUCUGACAUUCAAAAGUACAGCAGCAUGGACAGUCACCUGGAAAUACUGGAGGAAACGCUGCGGCUCAGACACCUGGCCCCUACCGCACCUGAUACUCUCGGUUGUUACCCAUUUUAUCAAAAAGACCCUUUCAUCUUUGAAGAGUGUCCCCAUGUUUACUUCAGUGGCAACGCCCCAACCUUUGAGUCCAAGCUCAUCAAAGGUGCUGAUGGCCAGGAAGUCCUGUUGGUUACUGUCCCAGAUUUCAACAGCACCCAAACAGCAUGCCUGGUCAAUUUACGCACUCUCGAAUGUGAGCCAGUCAGCUUCUCUGCCUUCUCCGUUGACGAGGAUGAGGAAAGUGAAAUGAACAUCAGUCACUGAGGGUCCAUAUCCACACACAGUACAACAUGCUGAGACUUCUUGGACACUACUCAUGUAUUGACUAGAGACAAAACUCUAGACAACACUAGAGACAAUCAAACCUACAUGGGGCCAGCAAUUACAGUCCUAUUGCUGUCUGGUAUCAUGAAGGGCAACAAAUUGCUGUUACAAUGGCCUUAUAAGGUUUAUUAUAAUGUUUCCUUCUAAGGUGAGCUUUCUGAAUAGGAUUGUAAAACAUAAACAGCACUGAUAUCUCAGUGUUCUGCUCAGAAAUCAGUGUUCACAGAAAGUGCUUAAAAAAGAGAACACAAGCGUUUUGUAUUAACAAGCCUUUAUUUGAAAAAUAACUCUUCUACCCCAGCUGUGUGACAGAAGACACUUUCCCUCCUCUGACUCUGUUACCAACUGUUAAUAAAUGCUUUACACACCUUUUUAGCGACUGUUCAUACUAUAAAAAAAAAUAUUUCUGCCAUGGUUGAAGACUGUAAAUAAUUCAGCUCUGAAGUUAAAAAAAAAUGUCAUGACAUUUUUUUUUUGUAAUGUGCAUCCAAAAUAAACAUUUCAUAAGAAAAAAAAA